UAAAAUAGGGUAAAGAUAUGCCGUUGUAAUGCUGGUUGAUGGAAAACUAGUUUAGCGUUCUUAUGGUAACUAAGCUACUAGUCAUAGCGACCUUGAAAUUGGCUAAAGCGCCCAUUGAAAUAUUAAGUCAGCCUUCAGCAAAGAGCGGGUUAAUUAUAUUAGCUGGGUUAAUGUAAUGGUAACCAUUAAAAUAUACAACAGGCGCAUGUAUGAGGCCUAAAUAAAUAAUAACUGUUUGUCGUAGGUGAAAUUCGCCGCGGUUUUCCAGUAUGAUGUUCUACACGCAGCUUUUCACCUCCAAGCGAGGCCAUUUAGCCAAAAUCUGGUUAGCAGCCCACUGGGAGAGAAAACUCACAAAGGCCCAUGUGUUUGAGUGCAAUUUAGAAAACACCGUCAGAGACAUAAUAUCCACAAAGAUGAAAAUUGGUCUGCGGACAUCUGGUCAUCUCCUCCUGGGAGUGGUUCGGGUCUACUCCAGAAAAGCAAAGUAUCUCCUAGCAGACUGCAAUGAUGCUUUGGUUAAAAUUAAAAUGGCAUUCAGACCAGGUCAGACUGAUUUGCCCUUAGAGGGCCUUGAGGCCACAUUAAAAGCCAUUACAUUGAUUGAGGAUUUCACUGACUUUGAUACCCAGCUGCCACACCCAAGUGACAUAGAUGUGGUGGACCACUUUUCACUGAACCAGAGUCGAUCGGAGGAAAUAACUCUAAAGGAGGAUUUUGGAUUUUUGAUCUUAUCAGACAUUGGAAUAGAGUCUCAUGGCCAUCCGAGUGGGCUGCUGGAUGUAAGCUUCCACAGUUUGGCUUCACAUGAAGAUGCUUUUGGAGAUGAGGGCACCGGAUAUGAUCUUCUUGACUUUCUUGCAAACUCCAGUGAUUCUACAAGUUUGAUCCUACAAGAGCCUCAAAAUGAACAUCCACAGAGUUCUACAUCACAUUAUCAACAAGAUGCUGACAGAGGAGAUCCAGUGAAAAUGGAGACUCCAACUGUGAAUAUUACCACCCUGCUUGCUAAUGAAGAUGAGGCCUUCGCCCUUGAACCUGUGGCUAUCACUCCAAAUGCAGAGAAAAAGAGGGGGAAGAGGAAGCGCAAGCUGAUUGUAGACGAGACUAAGCAGCUGAACAACGAAGACAUCAGAGAGCAGCUUGCUGACUACUUGGAUCUGAUUGCUGCAAUGGAGAUGGCUCCACCGACCCGUCAGCUCAUGCAGUGGCAGGAGAGUGGAGGUGUAGAUAAACUGUUUGCGCAGCCAUGUUCCAGUGUAAUAAAUCCACAGAUAAAGGAGCUUUUUGCAAAGAGUAUUUUCCAGGGGAAAUAUCAUGUUGUGGAAGAAACUGAAGCAUUACGCCAGGAUGAACAAGAGGGUAAGAAGGUGUUAGAUGAAACAGCUCCUAAUCCUGAUUUCAUUCAGAGGGACAUAAGUGCACUCAUCACAGACAAUGUAAGUGUCUUAGAUUCAUCAGUUGAUCAGGAGAAAACCCACAACUCUGAUAUGACAAUCCUUGAUCACAUGGUCGAUAACUCACUGGAUUUGUCAGUGCAGGUUGAAAACAGGUCAGAGUUCACUCAUCCAGAUGUUCCAUCAGAAGACUCCAUGUUUGUUCAUCAGUCUAAUGAGGACAGUCUGUCUACUUCCGUCCACAUUCAGUCUAUGCUGGACAGCCAGGACUUUGAGGAGAAAAGGAUAACCAGGCAAGCACAGAAGCUCCUAAACACUCUGAAAAGCCAGAGCAACAAAGGCAACAAGUUCAGCCUGAAAACACUCUGUAAAGGGAAGACUUGCACUCAGGCUGCAUCCACUUUCUUCUGUCUCCUGGUUCUGAAAAAACAACAAAUGGUCAACCUGCACCAGAGCGCCCCCUACGAAGACAUCUUUGCAUCACCUGGACCCAAGUUCUUUGGGUCUUAAAAGGAAAAGCUGUAUUUCUAUCUUAACUUGGAUAAGUACCAUAAAUGUGCAUUGAUAUGUGAGCUUGAAUGACAUGAAAUAUAAUUUAUUCAAAAGGGUUCUUGGACUGGUGUUAAAAAUGUUUUCAAUGUUUGUGUUAUUGUGUGUUUCUCAAAAAUGUACAUGUUCUUGCUUGUU